AUGUCUGUCGACAAAAAUCCGCCCAAGGAGGAUAGCGAAGAAUCAAUGGGGUCAAGCCCAGAGGGAGAGGCCCCCGCUGCGCCUCCGCAGCAACAGGCUGAAAAUCAACAACCGAAGCGAAAAGGGGGUCGCAAACCGAUCUAUGCGACGUCUGAGGAGAGGAAGCAAAGAAACCGCCAAGCACAAGCGGCCUUCCGUGAGCGCCGGACCGAGUACAUCAAGCAACUCGAGGAGGCCAUCCGAACCCAUGAGCAAAACCUGGCUAACCUCCAGGCUGCUCAUCGACAUGCCGCCGAUGAGUGUCUCAUGCUGCGUUACAAGAACUCGCUGCUAGAACGCGUUCUCUUGGAGAAAGGCAUCGAUGUGCAAGCUGAGCUUCGUGCCAAAACCGGCAGCCCAAAUCUGGGCCCGACCCAUGUUCCCCAAAAUCUGGUGCAGCCGCCGCCGAUUCAGCGGGCCAUUCUAAACAGACAUCAUGCUCGUCGAUCGACUUCAGGCAUUGCGCCAAAGCUCGAGCCAGGCAUUCCCGUAUCCCCAUUACCACCACCGAUGCACUCCCACCAGUCGGCCAUGUCCCCCAAGAACCAGCACACCCCGUCGUCUCAUUCGGCUUCGCCAACUGGAACCGCGGCUUUCGGCUCCCAGCACGCCGCUUCUCCUGCCGGAUCCGAGCAUCUCAACGGUCAAGUUCGGUCGCCGAUGCCGCCUGUCGCCGGGAUGAAAGCAGCGCCACCUCACUUGGCACCUCUUCAGGGCUUACCAGGGCCUCGACAAGUGCAAAUUCCCGGUCUCCCGCCGGGCGCUAAUCACGUACGGGGUGUCUCCGGGACCUCAGCUCCAUUCUAUCCAACACCUUCAUUCCAAAACCACAUUGAGCAGCUCGGCAAGUUGGCCCAACAGGAAUAUGAUGCCGCUGCUGAUAUGAUGGACGAUGGCGGCGACGCCCCCGAUACACCAAGUGGGCCUGGCCCUUAUCCCGGCUCGACCUAUGCCGGCGAGCCACAAUCAAUGUCCCUCUCGUCCCCGGUUACCACUGGACCGCCCGGAGGUCAGGCCAUCGCCGGACAGUCGCCGAUCGAAAACGUCGCUCAUACGCAGCAUCCAACCUACCCCUCAAUGACUCAACUGCUGGACCCGAGCUAUGAUUUCGACCCCUUUGGGCUGAGCGCGAGCAUGGCCUUUCCCACACAAUUCUCGUUCGAUACCAGCAACAUGCGGUAA